AUGGCAAUCCUCUCGGGCGGCGCCAUAGCCGCCAUAGUGGUAGUCGUGCUCGCGGUGCUAGCCCUGGGCGCAUGUUGGUGCCUCUGCUGCCGCGGGCGUAAGGGCAAGGGGAGGAACAAUGACGGCAAGCAGGACAGCCAGAGCCAGGAGGACAAGUACAAUGAGAAGGCCAUAAAGAAGGUCCUGAAGAAGAUCAAGAAGAAGGUCAAGAAGAUGCUCACCAAGGACAAGAAGAAUGAUAAGAAGGACAACAAGGACGAGGAACACGCGAACCUCGACACCCCGCCGGCCUAUGGUCAGGGCACCCACCCGGGCUACAUGGAGCGCGAGCGGGCUUUGGGAUAUAAUGGGGGAUACAACAGGCUUGACGAGCAUGAAGAGCGGGUGGAGCUGUCUUCAACUUCUAUGCCUAUGGGUCUGUCGGCCAAGACCAUUCCUUUCGAUGCUUCGCCGCUACCUGGUACUUUCGGUAUGUAA